AUGGCCAAAAUAGAGUGGCUUGUUCUGCUCCCUGUCCGGUCGUCUUCGUCGUCUUCGACAUAUCUUGCCCUGGUCCUCGCACUGUGGACGGCACUGCUUCAUAUCGUGUCCGCCGCUGCGAUGCCUAACCUGUCGAUGAAGAUUCCCCGGGUCGGCAACCCAGUGAUUGAUGGCUGGUACGCUGACCCUGAAGCCCGCAUCUUCGGCCACAAGUACUACAUCUACCCCACGGUGUCCACGGUGUAUGAGAACCAGACGUACUUCGAGGCGUUCUCAUCGCCUGAUUUGAAAUCAUGGACCAGCCUGGGGAAGGCCUUGGACUUCAAGGACGUUUCCUGGAGCACGAACAGGGCGGCAUGGGCUCCAUCUGUCGCCUUUAAAGAUGGGUCGUAUUACAUGUAUUUCUCUGCCGGAGAUGGCGCGGGGCUUGGAGUUGCACGAUCAAGCUCUCCGGAGGGCCCGUUUAAGGAUGCACUGGGGAAGCCGUUGAUAUCGGAAUCGUACUUUGGCGCGCAGCCUAUUGAUGCUGAUAUUUUCAUUGACGAUGAUGGGAGGAACUACCUCUAUUAUGGCGGACAUAGUCAUGGCGUCGUUGUUGAGCUAAACGAUGAUAUGAUAUCGUUAAAGGGGGAGGUCAAGGAGAUCACGCCCAAGGAGUAUGUCGAGGGACCAUGGAUGUUGAAACGCAAGGGGAUAUACUAUUACAUGUAUAGUACUGGAGGCUACGUCACGAGCAAGAGUCCUCUCGGCCCCUUUGACGGAGAGCCCGUCAAGAUCCUGCAGGGUGACCUAGCCAUUGGAACUGGUACCGGUCACAAUAGCGUAUUCUCAGUCAAAGAUGACUACUAUAUCGUGUACCAUCGACGAUUCCCAAAUGAUAACGAGAGAGACCACCGGGUGACAUGCAUCGAUAGGAUGUACUUUAACGAUGCCGGCGGAAUCGAGCCGGUCAAGAUAACGACGGAGGGCGUGGAGGCGCGAGUUCCAUGGUGA